GAUUUUUCUGUGUGGAGUUGGAGCAGCAAACAGGUGCCAUGCUGCCUUUUGCCCCACCUAAGAAAACUCCCAAACUUGACUUGAAUCCCCGUGCGGAUGCCAUUCGCUCAAAGCUGAUCUAUACAUUUUACCUGAUUGAUCACUUUGAGGGGCUGAGCCAUGCGGUGCCACGGUAUAACAUACAAGAUUUUCUGGAUUCCAAGAAGCGAAAGAAACUGAUGCUCAUGGAUCACCACCAAUUGGUUCGCUUCCAUGUCGUGCCCACCCGGAACAUCAUGGUGACUCAAGAGAAAUGCUGGCGCAACCGUAUCGAGGUGCGUUGCAGCCGUUGGCCCCCUCUUAAGAUGUGGGUGUCUUCAGUUCUGAACAGCCAAACAUUCAAAGGCUUUAUCAUCUUUCUUAUCUUCUUGAACAUGGUAGUCCUCAUGAUCUCAAUGGAGAUCAUGGGGAAGAGGGGAAUCACCUAUGUGAAAAUUACCAGGGUCCUGGAGGUGAUCAUUUGGAUCAUUUUACAGAUCUUUCUGAUGGAGAUUGGGUUGCAUUGGUUUGUGAGCUUUCAGAGAUACUGGAAAAAUCCCUGGAAUAUCUUUGAUUUCAUAGUGACCAUCAUCUCCAUUAUACCAGAAGUAAUAUAUCCAUUUAAGAAGUACCAGAGUGUGACAACUCUCCGACUUCUGCUGUUAAGACAUCUUAUUCAGUAA